AAGGAUUUAAGGGAGGGGGAAGCACUUAGUGCUAAAAUAACAUAAGACAAAGAGCUGGAAGCCCACAGGAAGAUGAGUCUUGAUACCAGCAUCAUCCAAAUGCAGACACUUGAGCAGUUUCUCAUAAGGUUUUAUUUUUGACCUAGAGCCAGAUUUAUACCAGCGAAUCUGUAGCAGCUCUUCAUAGCACUGGAGACCAUUUCUGGAUCCUUUGCAGUCAUCAGUGUGCUCAGGAAAGAGAAAAUACCUGAAAUAUGUCUUUCUGCUGAUGUGCAUCUACCUGCCGGCCUCGCUGCUGAGCCUCCUGGGCAGUGGAUCCGUCCUUGCUGUCGCCUCCUGGCGGAGGCGAUGCUGCCACAUCCAGCUUCGUCCCCUUUGCCUCCUCGCCCUGGCAGAUCUCCUGGCAGCUGCCUCAGUGCUGGGCACAGCCACCAUCCAGGCGCUCCCAGCGCCUCUCUUCAUCCCAGCCUAUGCUGCCUGCCCCUAUGGAUGGAUGCUGGCCACGACGUUCUAUGCAAUCUCAUUCCUGAUGGUGGUUGUCUACGCGUUUGAGUCCUACCGCAUGGUGCGUGGCUGGAGAGCCCGGCACGUGGCAGCUCUGCAGGAGGGAAGCGGGUGCCUUGAGCCUGUGUUACAGGAGCUGCCCUAUGUCCUGGCCUGGCUGGUGCCGGCGCUGACGCUCCUAGGGCAGCUCAUUGCCCGUGGUACAUCUCUCACUGACAUCGCACCGAGACACCUCGAGCCCAUCAUGCCACGGAGGGGCAAUGGCUCCCACGAGACCUACAGCCUCUACUGCUCCAGCUGCCUGCUCCUCAUCCACCGUGCCCAGGAUGUCUGCUAUGAGUAUGUCAGCAGGAAGGACGUGGGCCUGGAGGGGAAAAUCAUCUUCUUCUUGUACCUGCUGGUGGUGCUCAGCUGCUGCACGCUCCUGUACCACAGGGUGCAGCGCAGGUGCCGGAGGGACACCAUGGAGCCACUGCUGACUCUGGAGAGAGAUGGCUUUGCGGGCAGGAGCACUCGCAGCAUCAGCAGAGUCUCCCACUACUUCCAGCUGGUUUUUCUGCUUUGCUGGGCUCCAGCCUUCCUCCUCACCCUCCUCUCCUUCACCAGCAUCAAACCUACCUCGGUCUUUGCCCUCUACAUUGCCACAGCCCUGAGCACCUCCCUGCAGGGCUUCCUGCACAGCCUGGUCUAUGGGUGGCUGAGGCACAACUUCUGGCAGGAGGUGGUAGGCAAGAGCCUCUCCCUGCAGCACCCCCGGGGGCUCAGGGCAUUCUAUGAUGAGUCCCUGGUGGCUGUUCCCUAAGGCUUCACCUCAUCCCCAUGCCUUCGCACUGCCUGAAGCCUCAUCAGCAUGUCCACAUCCCUGUCAUGGCUGGGCAGGAGGCCCCUGGCCUUGCCCCUUGGUGCUGAGCGUGGAGCAGGAAGCGCUGGGGAUAUGGGGGCUGCAGGGGCUCUGUCCCAGUGGGAAUCCUGUCUGUAUGCCAUCGCUGUUGGAGGCAGCCCAAUGUCCCAUCACCUCCACUGUGCAGACAGCAAAACCGUGAGCAAUUGCCACAUGGGA